UAUUGUACGGCUACGCGCACACAGAGGCCGCUAGUCGGUGGAUUCCACCCGAAAUUCGAGCACGUCCACUCUUCGGGCUUCCCUCCCGGACGUUUCCUCUGACAUACUCCCCUGUUCCGCGUAUACGCCUGUGUUAACUGUUACGCCACCGAUCUUUGUCGUGCGGGAAACGGGGACGGGAAGCGGUUCGCGGUGGUGACGAGAUAUCCGGGGCGUGGGGGGAUCGUCGCGACAAUAAGCUGCAAGGCUGUGCGUGGGAACCGCUCGCCCGUUCGCGUCCCAAGAUGCCGCUCGAUGGUCCGAGACUCGGUAUCUCCGUCCACGAGCUCGCCGACGUCUCGCGUUUCCGCUCGUGAUUCCGAAUGGCAGAUCUGACGGCCCCGGGAUCGUGUCGUGAUCACGCGACGCGCGUGCGAGAUACGUAAUUAUCGCCCGCGCACGUAGAGGUACACCCCGCCCUGUGUGCGGUGAGCUCGCUUAACCUCAACCCGAGCUGCUCCGAGCGUUUUCCGUCUACUGACUGUGCGAGAUCGACCGACGAAGAUGACCACCGACAAGGUCACCCUGGGCGACGCUCUGUCGAACGUCGACGUGCUGGACGAGUUCACGCUGCCGGACGAGCAGCCCUGCAUAGAGGCCCAGCCGUGCUCCGUCGUGUACCAGGCGAACUUCGACACCAAUUUCGAGGAUAGAAACGGCUUCGUCACGGGCAUCGCCAAGUACAUCGAAGAGGCGACGGUGCACGCGAGUCUGAACGAGUUGCUGGAGGAAGGCUUGGAGCAUGCGGUCAUGCUGUACACUUGGAGGUGCUGCUCGCGCGCGAUCCCGCAGCCCAAGUCCAACGAGCAGCCGAACCGAGUGGAGAUUUACGAGAAGACGGUGGAGGUGCUAGCGCCCGAAGUCAACAAAUUGUUGAACUUCAUGUACUUUCAAAGAAAAGCGAUUGAGCGAUUUUCAGCGGAAGUUAAGCGACUGUGCCAUCACGAGAAAAGAAAAGAUUUUGUAUCCGAGGCGUACUUGUUGACCCUGGGAAAAUUCAUCAACAUGUUUGCCGUACUGGACGAAUUGAAAAACAUGAAAUCUAGCGUAAAAAAUGACUAUUCGACAUAUCGAAGGGCUGCACAGUUCCUGAAGGUGAUGUCGGACUCUCAGACACUCCAGGAGUCCCAAAAUUUGUCGAUGUUCUUGGCGACGCAGAACAAAAUCCGCGACACGGUUAAAGAAAAUCUGGAGAAGAUCACUGGAUACGAGGAAUUACUCGCGGACGUGGUCAAUAUCUGUGUUCAUAUGUUUGAAACUAAGAUGUACCUCACGCCUAACGAGAAGCACAUGCUGGUGAAAGUGAUGGGCUUCGGCUUAUUCCUAAUGGACAGCGAGUUGUGCAACAUCAAUAAGCUCGAUCAAAAGAAGAAGCUGAAGUUGGAUAGGAUCGAUAGAAUCUUCAAGAACCUGGAGGUAGUGCCGUUGUUCGGCGAUAUGCAAAUUGCACCGUUCAAUUAUAUCAAACGCUCCAAGCACUUUGACGCGUCCAAGUGGCCGCUGUCUGCGUCGUCAAAUAACAUGAGUCCGCAAUCCGAUCUUAUGGUACACCUUCCUCAGAUCAGAGAGGAUCACGUCAAGUAUAUCAGUGAAUUGGCGAGGUACAGCAAUGAGGUCACCACGACGUACAAGGAAUGCCGAAGCGACACGGAGAAUCGUGACACCGCGGAACUGGCGUUACGCGGAUUACAGUUGCUCUCGCAAUGGACUAGUGUCGUAACAGAGCUGUACAGUUGGAAGCUGCUGCAUCCCACUGACCAUCACAUGAACAAGGAGUGUCCGCAAGAGGCCGAAGAAUACGAAAGAGCUACACGCUACAACUAUACUGACGAGGAGAAAUUUGCCCUUAUAGAAGUUAUAGCGAUGAUUAAAGGAUUGCAGGUAUUGAUGGCACGUAUGGAGACCGUUUUCAUUGAUGCGAUACGUAGAGAUAUAUAUGCUGAACUGCAAGACUUUGUGCAACUCGCACUGCGCGAACCUUUAAGGAAGGCGAUCAAAAAUAAAAAGGAUUUGAUUCGAAGCAUAAUCGUUUCCGUUAGAGAAACUUGUGCGGAUUGGCAUUUCGGAGUGGAACCGCUCGGAGAUCCCGCCCUGAAAGGCAAGAAGGAUCCAGAUAACGGCUUCGGCAUUAAAGUCCCGCGAAGAAACGUUGGUCCGUCUUCCACGCAGUUGUACAUGGUGCGAACCAUGUUGGAAUCGUUAAUAGCCGACAAAAGCGGUGGGAAACGUACACUGAGGAAAGACAUCGACGGCCAAUAUCUCGUUCAAAUCGAUCAGUUCCAUAAAACUAGUUUUUAUUGGAGUUAUCUUCUGAAUUUCAGCGAAUCUCUGCAAAAUUGUUGCGACUUGUCGCAACUGUGGUACAGAGAAUUUUAUCUGGAAAUGACAAUGGGUAGAAAAAUACAGAAAUGCCAAGUACGUCACCAGCAUAACGAGGAGUGCAGCGACCUAAUCACCAUGGAAAAACGCAUUCAGUUUCCCAUUGAAAUGUCUAUGCCAUGGAUAUUAACUGAUCACAUAUUGAGAAGCAAAGAACCAUCAAUGAUGGAGUACGUUUUGUAUCCCCUGGAUUUAUAUAAUGAUAGCGCCUUGUACGCACUGACGAUAUUCCGCAAGCAAUUUCUGUACGACGAAGUGGAAGCCGAAGUGAAUCUAUGCUUCGAUCAAUUUGUCUACAAGCUAAGCGAACAGAUUUUCGCGCAUUAUAAGCAGCUGGCGGCCAGUAUCUUGCUGGACAAACGAUUCAGAGUGGAGUGCGUAGCUCUCGGGGCGUAUUUACUUCCGUAUCCACGUGCUAAUAGAUACGAGACGUUGUUGAAACAGAGGCACGUUCAGUUGUUGGGAAGAAGCAUCGACUUGAAUAAACUUAUAACACAACGUAUUAACGCGGAUAUGCAAAAAUCAUUGGACUUGGCUAUUAGCAAAUUCGAAUCUGGCGAUAUAACUGGAGUCGUGGAGCUGGAUGGAUUGUUGCAAGUCAAUCGCCUUACUCAUAAGCUUCUAAGCAAGUGGCUCGCGUUAGACGAGUACGACGCCAUGUUCAGAGAGGCGAAUCACAAUGUCCUAGCCCCAUAUGGAAGAAUCACCCUUCACGUAUUCUGGGAAUUGAAUUACGACUUUUUGCCAAACUAUUGUUACAACGCCGCCACAAACAGAUUCGUCAAGUUCCGCGGCAUACAAUUUGGGCAAGCCUUUCAUAGAGAUAAACCGCCGCAAAUGUCGCAUCAUUAUCUCUGGGGCAGUAAGCAGUUGAAUCUGGCUUAUAGCACUCAAUAUGGGCAAUAUACGGGAUUCGCCGGUCCGCAUCAUUUUCGUACUAUAUGCAAGCUUCUGGGGUAUCAAGGUAUAGCCGUAGUUAUGGAGGAGCUUUUGAAAAUCGUCAAGACCUUGAUCCAAGGAAGCCUGCAUCAAUUUACGAAGACUCUGAUGGAAGCUAUGCCUAAAGUCUGCAAGCUUCCACGAUACGAUUACGGAUCCCCCGGAGUCUUGGGCUACUAUCACGCCCAGUUAAACGACAUCGUGCAAUAUCCAGACGCUAAGACUGAAUUGUUCCAUAAUUUUCGCGAAUUCGGCAACACGAUUCUAUUUUGUCUUCUAAUGGAGCAAGCUCUGUCGCAAGAGGAAGUGUGCGACUUGCUGCACGCAGCGCCGUUUCAGAAUAUUCUCCCCAGACCCUAUUGCAAAGUGCCAUUUUCAGAGGGAGAGAAACCCGAGACCAAGCAGAAACGAUUAGAGACAAAGUACUCGGCUUUACAAAUUGUUCCCAACGUAGAUAAAUUAGGUACCGCUAAGCAAGCCAUGAUUGCCAGGGAAGGAGAUUUGUUGACGCGUGAGCGACUGUGCUGCGGUUUGUCGAUAUUCGAAGUUGUGCUUAGCAGAUUGCGGAGCUUCUUGGACGAUCCCAUCUGGGUCGGGCCGCCGCCAGCGAAUGGUGUAAUGAAUGUGGACGAGUGCACCGAAUUCCAUAGGCUUUGGAGCGCGCUUCAGUUUGUAUACUGCAUACCCGUUGGUGAAACUGAAUUUACCGUUGAAGAGUUGUUCGGUGAAGGUUUGCAUUGGGCUGGAUGCGCCAUGGUCGUCCUUCUGGGCCAGCAACGUAGGUUUGAGGCACUUGAUUUCUGCUACCAUAUUCUUCGAGUGCAACGUGUCGACGGUAAAGACGAGAACGUUAAGGGAAUACACUUGAAGAGAAUGGUGGAUCGAAUAAGGCGAUUUCAAGUAUUAAACUCGCAGAUAUUUGCCGUGUUGAACAAAUAUUUGAAGAGCGGUGACAGCGACGCGGCGAGCGUGGAACACGUGCGUUGCUUUCAACCACCGAUACACCCCUCACUGGCGCACACGCAACAGCAUUAUCACGCACCUGAAUAUUUCCGCCAGAUAAAUCAUCAAUAAGCGAUAACUGUAAAACAGUUGUAUUUUGCGUCCUGAUUGCGUCACAAUGCAAUUUAACUAGGACUCGGUAAAAAAAAAAGAAACGAAAUCAUUCCUUGUUGUUUGCGGAGGAAUAUUUCUAGCUAAAAUUUUAAUAUCUUAUAUCACCUCGGAAUAUCAUUUGUACCCUAUCUACUUAACUCAAUUGCUAUAAAUGUUUACCAGAAUACAUUUUUUACGACUGAGAUAAGAUUAAUAGAAUUACGGGGGAAAAAAAAAUUGCAAGCGACGAAUGUGAGUUUCACCUACUUCUGAAGCACGCCAUGAAUUUAAUUAAUCUAUUUAAUGAUACGUAUGUCUAG